GUAAGAGGCGGGCAGAAGGGAGAGAGGAUACGGGAAAGUUACAGUGUUUGAUAGUCAUCAGCUUCUCUGCUUCUCCCAUAAAAUUGUUAGAAUUACACUGUAGAUAACUUGCUGUCCAAACUCUCUGGGAUUGGAUAAUGUUUGCUUUUUACAUACUGUACAGCACUCGUAAUUCAGUGGGUGGUUUCACUUAUCCAGCUGUUUGAAGAACAUGGAAUUUGGAUUUUUUGAUGGCAUGCCAAUCAUCACUGCUCUCUUUCCUUAUGCUGGUGUUCAGCAUGUCACCCUUGAUUUCCACUUCAACGAGAAAUGGAUUGGACCAUCUAGUUUGAACUAUUAGAUCUUCAAGAAAGACCUCAAUGUCUUGUGUCCUUGUGAUGUCACUCACAUGACUAUGUUAUAGCAGGAUGCUGGCCAAAGUAGGGUGACAACAUCACUGUUCACCCUCUAAAACAACCCCCGCCCCCGUCCCCCUUUUCCAAGUCUUACCAUUUUGCUCGUUCUCUGGAGAUGUUCUCUAGGAACUGUUUCAAUGGACAGGACGGGGUGGGUGCACCACAAUAUGGCCGUCAUAAGCCCAAGUCUGGGGCCCCUAAGAAGAGGGCUCCCAAUCCCAAAGUCGCCCUCAUGAUACGGGGUAAGAUACACCGUCUCCUGCAUGCGUCCGGGGAGCAAGUCCCCCACAACCCUUGCCCGUAUUAUGCCGGCAUCCUGGAGGAGGAAGAGGAGGAUGAGAAGGAUGGCACAGAUUCAGAUUUAAGGAGGCGCACGCCAAGGAGAGACCGGUAUGGUCAUAUCCCUGAUAUCACCAACGGACAGGCUGCCAAAGACCAUGCGGCUCAUGCAGGCGUGGAUUAUGUUGGGGAGGUGGAGCUGAACAGGGAAGGGUGUGUUCGCAUUCCGUGUACCCUCCAGCAGAGCAGCAAUCUUGCUCAGCCGCUGAGAACCUCAAGUCAAGCCAUGUCAGACUUCAACGGAUCCAGGUUUCUGGCAGAAAUGGGAUGUGUCGGUGGAGCACCAUUUAGCUACACUGCAGUCGGGCACGACAGGAUUGUGGAGGAAGACGAAGACGAGGAGGAGGAAGAGACCAGUGCCAUCGUAGACCACAUCCUCAAAGAGCUGAGAGGUAUCAAUAAGAUCCAAGCAGAGAUAUCAGACUUGAGGGAAUAUCUUACGUCUGUGCGUGGUUCUGUUGAUGAGGUGUCCAGUUGUGUUGAGGCAGUGCUAACAGAAAUAGAAGGCAUGCGUUCUGGAACCAAGCCUACGGUGGAGUCUUGGGCAGGGGCCACGGGGCUUAAGGAUGGGAUGUCACCCGUCUACCACGAAAAGUGUAGCAGCUCCUACAGUGCGAUGAUGGAUACCUCCCCCAAAGCUGACUGCCCAAGUAAUUUCAUGUCACAGAAAGGAUUCAGGGUCCAUGACAAUCAGUUGCCAGAUGGUAGAAGCUUUGGAUCGGCAUCAGCCUAUAAAAGUAUGUGCACCUCAGCGAAUGUAGAUUCUCAAAACCCAGAUGAAGUCCAUGCAGAGUUGGAGUCGUUUGACCAAAGUGCCAAUGUUAUUCCUGCUGGUGCCAGGGCAAGGAAAUUGAGCUUUGGAUACCUAGAGCGCCAAGAUGGACAAGACUGUCCUAGCACCAGCUCUCUGUCCUCGGGCCAUAGCUCAAAGUCUGAGUCCGAUCCUGACAGAAUCGAGCCAGAAUGUCCCGAGAACCAUGGCUGGAGCCAAGUGGGUCUUCCACGCAGUGCUAGUUGCGAAACAGGCUGGAGUGAAGAAGACUAUGAAAGAGGACAUUACUUCAGGCAGGGCAGUUUUGAAGAUGGUGACAGCUGCAUAGACGAAGGGCAUACUUGGGAGCUUUGCAAGUUGAAUGAUGAUGAGGCCUGCAGUACACUGGGGCGGUCCUCUGCGGGCAGCUCCGAGCACCUGUCCUAUGUCUCCAGCCGGCAUUAUAACUCUCCUGCAAGCACGAGUAGUAGGGAAGAGUGGCUCGCCAAGAAGAAAAGGAGGGCACAGGCCCACGAUGAAGAAUUCACUGGAAUGUCCUCUGAGGACCUCGUAUUGGAGUGCAGUGGACCCUCUAGCCAUUACAGUCCAGCAAAAGAAUAUGAAAGCAAAGUUGUGGAAUAUGUCCAUUCUCGUGACACGUUUCACGGGAUUACAGGUACAGUGGUGAAUCACGAUGGAGACACCUCCGAACAUGCUCAUUUAGAGACCCCAGAGACUUCAUCACUUGAACAGUCACACUGCAAAGCAGCUGGCCAACCGGGCUCAACUUUAGAGGAACUAAACACAAAUAUACCCAACUCUGAUGGCUCCAGGUUUGCUCCCAGCCCUGACAAUGCAGGCUCUACCGUGAAGAGGAUUGGCAAAGCAGUGCUGGACUUCAAGUCCGUGUUGUGGGUGGCUCUGAAGAAGCUGGAAGGAGCUCAGUCGCCUGUGGGUGACAAGACUGAAGUCAUGGCGCCUCCAUCGUCUUCGCCAAGCACUGAGACCUUAGUUGUUACCCCAUGUCCUGCCACACCUGACGAUGUGGCUUCGCCUGAGGGAGUCAGCGCUUCUCCCAAGCAGAAAAAGCAGACCCUGCAACAGCCCAUGCCCCACAACUUGAAGACGGGGAGAAACUUUUGCAGCUGA